AGAAGAAGAAGGACCCAAUCACCAGCAGCGAAACACACAUGAGGAAGCGUCUGACUCGGGCGUCUAAGCUGGGAUUCCCUUUGCACUUUGAGCAGCGCCUGUUUAAUUAGUAAAGAGGUUAGAAGUCCAGGUGUCAGUGUCACCACAGAGCAGAGACAGAGGAAGGACCGGUGCGGGAAUGUCUUUCAGCGGAGAAGCCAUGUGUAAGGCCGUGGAAGCGCCGCUGUUCUGGCUGGGUGCUCUAACCGCGGCCUGGCUGUCCGUGUGCUCCGUGUACCGGCUACUGUCCGGCUUCAGGGUGUGGGUGCUGGGCAACGGAAGACUGAUCUCCCCCAACAAACUGGGAAAGUGGGCAGUUGUAACAGGAGCCACAGAUGGGAUUGGGAAAGCAUAUGCGGAGGAGCUCGCCCGCAGAGGCUUUGCCAUCAUUCUGAUUAGUCGCUCUCAGGAGAAACUUGAUGAUGUAUCCAAGGCAAUUGCAAGCAAAUGUGGCGUGGAGACCAAAACGAUUGCAGCAGACUUCAGUGCUAUAGAUAUUUAUGCAAAGAUUGAAGAGGGCCUUGCGGGACUGGAGAUUGGCGUGCUGGUAAACAAUGUGGGCACAUCCUACUCCUACCCUGAGUUCUUCCUCAACGUUCCCAACCUGGACACGUUCAUCGACACAAUGAUCAACAUUAACAUAACGUCAGUGUGCCAGAUGACUCGUCUUGUUUUACCUCAAAUGGUAGAAAGGAAAAAGGGAGCCAUCCUAAACAUCUCAUCUGCCAGUGGGAUGUACCCUGUUCCUCUCCUCACCAUCUAUUCUGCCUCCAAGGCAUUUGUGGACUUCUUCUCCCGAGGACUGCAAGCUGAAUACAAGAGCAAAGGGAUCAUCAUUCAGAGCGUUUUGCCGUUUUAUGUUGCCACCAAACUGAGUAAAAUCCGUCGCCCUACCCUGGACAAGCCUAGUCCAGAGCGCUACGUUGCAGCUGAGCUCAACACUGUGGGGCUGCAGACUCAGACCAAUGGAUACCUGCCACAUGCUAUUAUGGGUUGGGUGACUACAGCUCUGCUUCCAGCCAAGAUGCUCAACAGCUACGUGAUGGGGAUGGGUCUGUCCCAGCGCGCUCGUUACCUCAAGAAGCAGAAGCAGGGGUAGGGGGAUCAGAUGGACGGUGGGAGCCGCAGCAAGACAUGGAGGGGACCAGGUGCAUUAAUGUCAUGUCCAACUGCCGUCAUCAUCAUGGACCAGGCAAAGAGAAAGUGACAGUUUCUGGGCAACAUCUCAGUUUUCCUCCUGCAAGUGAUGGAUGAUGUGAGCCAGUCUCUAUGUGCUCAACCCAAACAGUUGUAUAAAAUAACCAUUGGACUAAUUUGUGCAUUCAGUAAACGGCUUUAAUUAAACGUAGAAACUAAAACCAGACCAUCUGUCUAA